UGAUAACUUCUCUUCGUCUUUCUCCUACACUCAAUAUGUCUCUCAAUUCGCUUGAAACUUCAAAAUCAAUUGCCAGAAGAACCCUAAAAGGUUCCAAUAUGCAAAGUAUGAUAUUCAAUUGUUCAUCUAUGGAGUUACCAAAUAUGGAAGCUUUCAGUGCCCUUGAUUUCAAAUUUUGCCGCUUUUUUCACAAUUCAAUUCAACGAAAACUGGAAGGAGGAUUUAAUUUGCCGAGUUUUGGCAGAUUAGAUCUAAAAGAAAAUGAACACCGAUCAGACAUGCAAUGGCUCCUUCUGGACUAAGGAAGAGGAUAAAAUCUUUGAGAAUACCCUGGCGCUCUACUUUACAGAUGAUAAUCUAUUGAGGAAGAUGGCCGAAGCACUUCCUGGCAAAUCGCUUGAUGAUAUCACUCAUCACUACAAUUUAUUAGUUGAAGAUGUGGAUGCGAUCGAGUCGGGAAGGGUUCCCUUACCGAAUUAUCCGGAAAUGCCAAGCCAUUCCAACCAGAAUAGUAGAUUUUCAAAAGCAGAUUUAGAACGGCGAAGAGGGGUUGCGUGGACGGAAGAGGAACACAGGUCAUUUCUGCGGGGGUUAGUGAAAUUUGGGCGAGGAGAUUGGAGAAGUAUAUCCAGGCACUGUGUGAUAUCUAGAACACCAACGCAGGUGGCUAGCCAUGCCCAAAAGUAUUUCAAUCGCCUCAAAGCCAUCAACAAAGACAAUAGAAGAUCAAGCAUUCACGAUAUAACUAGUGUGGAUGCUGAAACCGCUGGAACUUCCCAAGUACCAAAUACUGAGGACAUGUUUGGGCCAGCUUGUGGAAGAUCACACUCAGCGGCAAGCACGGACAAUGAGAGCAUGUUGCCUCGAGAAAGCACCAAUGCUGAGCAGAUGAGAGCAGUUGCUGGAGGAGAGUCCUCAGGCCCUAGUGCUGCAUUUGUCAAUGGAAUGAAUAGUCUGUCCCCUGAUGCGGAUGAUGAGUUCAUAUUAAAUAUUGAUGACCUAAUCGUGGAGCCGGAGGGAACUAAUGAAGCCGGGGUUCUGGUUGACACCGGAAGAUCCCAAUUACCCAGCAAACAACCGUGUAAUGCUAGCAGUGAAACUUACUGUCAUCCUAUCACUAGAAUUGGGAGUGAACUUGAAGCAUUGGUCACUGAACAUAUGAUGGGAGACAAUGAUAUCAGUCCCAUUUAUAACGUCGGGAAAGCAUCUGUUUCUCAUGCAAUGCUAUCCACUGCUGCUCAUAGUGGAAUGCCGAGCUAUCCAGUUGCUAGUAUCGGUGCUAAAAAUGCACAUCAAAACACGGUGGCUGAUCCUACUCGAUUACCUCCCAUUGCCCCCUCAUCUAACUUUGGUGGUGGAGGAUGGCCCACAAUUGCUAGUAUUGGUGCUACGAAUGCACCUCAGAACACGGUGGCUGGUCCUUCUCAGUUACCUUCGACUGCCCCUUCACUUAACUUUGGUGUUGGAUUAUGGUCCUCAGUUGCUAGUGUAAGUGCUAAUACUGCACCUCAGAACAGGGUGGCUGCUCAAUUACCUCCUGUUGCCCAUUCACCCAACUUUGGUGUUGCAGUAUGGCCCACUGUUGCUAGUAUCGGCGCUAUGAGUACACCUCAGGACAUGGUGGCUGGUCCUUCUCAGUUACGUCCCGUUGCCCAUUCACCUAACUUUGGUGUUGGAGUAUGGCCCACAGUUGCUAGUAUCGGUGCUAUGAGUACACCUCACGACAUGGUGGCUGGUCCUUCUCAGUUACCUCCCGUUGCCCAUUCACCCAACUUUGGUGUUGGAGUAUGGCCCACUGUUGCUAGUAUCGGCGCUAUGAGUACACCUCAGGACAUGGUGGCUGGUCCUUCUCAGUUACGUCCCGUUGCCCAUUCACCUAACUUUGGUGUUGGAGUAUGGCCCACAGUUGCUAGUAUCGGUGCUAUGAGUACACCUCACGACAUGGUGGCUGGUCCUUCUCAGUUACCUCCCGUUGCCCAUUCACCCAACUUUGGUGUUGGAGUAUGGCCCACAGUUGCUAGAAUCGGCGCUAUGAGUACACCUCAGGACAUGGUGGCUGGCCCUUCUCAGUUACCUCCCGUUGCUCAUUCACCUAACUUUGGUGUUGGUGUAUGGCCCACAGUUGCUAGUAUCAGUGCUGCACCUCAUAACAGGGUGGCUGCUGAGUUACCUCCCUUUGCCCCUUCAUCUAACUUUGGUCUUGGAGUAUGCCCAAAUUCAAACCCCAUUGACGAUGAAGGCAUCUUUGAUCUGGAUGACCUGUUCAGUAUGAUCUGAGCUGAUGCAAACGAGGCUGUUAAUGUUGAUAUUAGUGGGUCACAACCGUACAUGCUGUUAAUACUGAUACUUUACUUGGUUUUUUGAAGACUUAUUCCAUUAGACUAGAAUGAGGAUAAUACUGUGUAGGUAAUGGUCUAUAUUGUGGACACAUUUAUUUAGAGUUUAGCGCUAUUAUUUCC